CACACAACGGCCCGCCUCUCUCCAGGGACUGAAUGCCGGCUGCACUUAAUACCCGGUGCACUGUUGCAGGACACAGAAGACGACGAGAGAGGCGGGAUCCGUAGCUACACAUGAGAACAGGCUGCUUGGAUGAGCCGCGCAGUUUUAUACAGAGACGCACAGCAGAGAACGAGCGGACGCCUGAAUUAGACGCACACGCACGGAGAGACUUGUAGAAGAAAUCACGAGGAUCACUUUAAAGCGGCGAACAGCGUCUGCUGCCUUUCAGACACAAAUUCACACACGCCCUCGGGCUGUGGAUCAAUGAGCGCAAAGUCACGCCGGUGCGUAAACUUGAGUAGAGCCAACCUGUCUCCCGCUGUCCAUUAUAGCUGAGGGUUUUUGCGCAGGAGCGCAGUCCUGCUGUUCGAAUCCCGGCUUUGGCGGAGCUUUCACACAGACCACAGUGUCUUUGUCUGUGGAUGAAGCAGCCUUGUUGGAUGAUAUAAAGACUGCCUGUGAAAUGCAGGCGUAAAGAAGACAUGGAUUUGAUUCUUUUAUAGCAAAUAAUUACUGCGGUUUUAUUUAAAAGCAUUAUUUUUUAUUUUAUUUGUGCUUAAAUUUUUUUAAUAUAUAUUUUUGACGCAAAGCCCGUAGAGGUUUCAGGACUCAUCGUGUGGAAUUACAACCAUGAACAUUGUUGUCACUUUGGUACAAAUCUUGACGGCAGCGCUUUUUUACCUGUCCACUGUAAAGACUGCCAGCAUUAACAAGGGCGUGGAGAAGAGUCAAAAUGAGGUCAUCCCUUUCACGGAAGUCCUCAAAAAAAGCACGUGUCAGCCCAGAGAGAUGCUGGUGGACAUCUACCAAGAAUAUCCAGAGGACACGGAGCACACCUACAUACCGUCGUCCGUCGUGGUUAAACGGUGUGGAGGCUGCUGCAACGACGAGGCUCUGGAGUGUGUGCCGGCAGACACACACAAUGUCACAUUGCAGGUCAUGCGGAUCAGACCGAAGGUAACGCAGCACAAGAUACAUUUGAGUUUCACGGAGCAUCUAGCGUGCGAUUGCUCAUCAAAGCCAGAUGUUAAAAUAAAGAAACAAUACCACUGUGUGCCUUGCUCAGAGAGAAGAAAGCGCUUGUUUGUGCAGGACCCUCUCACCUGUAUAUGCUCCUGCAAAUUCACACAAUUAGACUGCAAGUCCAGGCAACUUGAGUUAAACGAAAGAACUUGCAGAUGUGAGAAACCACGGAGGUGAGACCAGCAACACUGUUAUGAAGGAAUCCUUUUCUUAGCACAGCACUUUGAAACCCGAGGAUGCAUUCCCUGCAAGGACAUAAAACGACAACGCAAGACAAGACAUGUUGGACAUCAGAUUUUCCCACUGUCUGUUUUCCGCCUAAGGAUAUUUAUAUAUAUAUAUAAAUAUUUAUAUAUAUAUAUUUAUAUAUAUGUAUGUAAAUAGACUAUAAGUACCUUGACAAUGUGUAAUGCUGCUACAUGAAGAUAUUUAAAACCGUUAAACGACUACGCCACCGGCGUGCGAAUGGGAAAUGUCUCAGUAGUGUUCUGAUCGUGGGUGGAACUGGGAGAAGAAAUUUCAUUAUUUUAUAUCUAACACUUCACUGGAUGCUGGUCUGCUGUGGACGCGACUCUUGAAUAUUUCUGAGUGAAAAAAAAAAACAAAAAACUGGCGAUCACGACCCUCACACAGCAGAGGCCAUGUCUGCUUUUUGGACAGAAAAGACUGAUGAGGACAGAGCGGCCUGGAGGACUUGGACUUGGACAGCCUUAUAAUGAGACAUAAUGGGAGGUUUGGUUUCCACUAUACGGACAUGUGGUGUGUGAUCACACUGAGAGUGUCUGUCUCUCUCUCUCUCUCUCUCUCUCUCUCUCUCGUUCUCUCUCUCUUUUACUGUAGACUGAGGAUAAUGUGAACAUGACACUCUAUUCCUAAUGGAAGGGUUACAUUAUUAUUAAUCUCUGCACAGAAAUGCACAAGUCUGAAGGUGUGGGAGAAAAUCUGGGCCCUGAGCAGGUGGAUUACUCCCGCUGCAGGUAUAAAAGCAUACAGUAACUGUAAAAAACAAAAAGCUACUUUUUAAAAAUUGUUUAUAUUUUAAUACAAAAACAUGCAGAGACUGGCCCAUAACCUGUUGGUCCUGGAGAAGAAUCAUCUUCAAUGAAAUUCUAUUGCUUGUAGCUGUUUGAACUAGAGCUGUCUUGUGAUUCAAAUACCAAACAUCCAUUGAAGCAUGGAAAUCAAAUCAAUUAGAGUUCGCACACGGUAACUCUGCAAAUCCUCAAAUACACCUUUGUCUUCGUAAGCGGAAGGCAAAGAACAGCGAACUGAAGCAGUGACGUCUCAAAAACCAUGUGACUCAACACUUUAGUUGAAACGCAACACUAGGUGUCAACAACACCUAAAGGCCAAGAGGUCACGAAUUAGUCAUUUAAACUGGAUUUAAACAGCUCUAAUUUACAUGGGUUCAAUGAAAUUGUUGACCCGAAAAGAUUCAAAAUACUGUCUGUCAUUAAUUUAUCAUCAUCCUAGUCCAUCUAGGUACAGGUCAAGCACGAUUAGGGUUAAACAUAUGGGGCACUGUCUUUGUUCCUUCAUCCUCUGUGUAACCCUUACCUGGUGGGAAAAUGUGUCUUAUUUUUACUCUAGAGUUUAUUAUUUGAGGUUAUGUGUUUUUUUGUUUGUUUUUUUCAUAAAACUUGAGAGAGCAGACCGUCUAAAGGGAUCUUUACUGUAGGUAUGUACAAAAGAAGACGAAACGUGACAAACUGAUCUGGGAACAGAUCAGAACCUCACUGUACAAAACCACAACCUUCCAGUUUCCUUAUUUAAUGGCUUUGUGCGUGUUCCAAAGAAAGAGAGCAGUUCAUCGUUGAUCUGGAUCAGUAGAUACCUCUCUGUCCAGUACACUACAUCUAAUUUAUAGAAUAUUUUCAGUAUUCUUGAUUAUAUAAUAUUUAAAUGCAGUGUUGUAUUUUUAUUCUCUUUGUUCAUAUCCCUCGAAUGUUUUCUGUAUGUCUGGAGAUUGAAUGGAGAAAAGUUAUUGACUGUGACUUCUUUCUGGACGGGAGGGGUCUGAGAGACAAUGCUUUGACAUUCCUGAUCGAAACUAAAGCUGUGUUUCACACCAGCCCGAGCGGUCUAACUGACCGAUAGAAACCCCACUCCAACAUGUGUGGGAAUGAUGUGCCAACACAGAUGUUUUUCAUUUCGGAUCCGGGGCGAUGGACAUGUGGUUUUGCAGUCUUUUCGGAGCCCAACCCACAUUGUAUUGUAAAGCAAGUCUUGUUGCUCAGCUAGAAUCCUAAUUUAGUGCAGACUUUCUGAUCAGACUGAAGCCUCCUGUCUGAGGCUGCAUUGAUUCCUUUACUUUUUAACUUUGAACAUUUAAUCUGAAGAACUGCCACGAAAGACAAAGACAAAAGUAUUUGUCUAUAUUUGUGUAAUACCUGCCCAGAGGGUAUAAGGUUGAGGGUCCAAAUUCUGCGCUUUAGCGUUAGCUACUGUGAUAAAGUCUGAUUGGAAGUUGUUGCAGAUUUAAUCAUAGAGCCAACUGUGCUUUUAACUUGGGCAUAGGUGUCAAUAUGUGCCAACCAAGACUAUCAGUCUACGAGGGCACCUGGUUGGGUUAUUUGGGCUGCAUGAGUAUAAAGUGGCUUUGGUAACAUAUGGUUCCCUGCACAUGCUGGCAGUCAAUUCAUGCAUGGCCUACUCCAAAUCUGCAGGCAAACUCGUAGAGAGAGUAGUCUUUAUUAGUCGUUCGUAUUGAUGAGCCUAAAUGACUUGGAAAAACUGUUACAAUCCUAAAAAAUACUAAUACAAAGUGGGAUGCAGCCUGUUACAGUGCCCAUGGUAGACUGGUAUCAAAGAGUCUGAUGAUA